GACGUUCCAACGCUCGGGCGGAGGAAGCCAAGGACGGGGAGAGGAUGGUGUGUCGCCAGCCCCUCAUUGGCCUGAUUUCCGGUGCCAGCGUCUGCCUUCUCGCGAGAUAGCUCGAAAUCAAUUGUUGGAUUUCCUGCGUCUUUUUCCUCGCUGUUCUGCGCCUUCAUCAUCUGUCACAUCGAUUGAGCGUGUGCAUGAACUCUUCGAUUUUGGGGGUUCUCCGAUCCACUCUUCUUGCACUCUCCCGGUGAGAACUUGAGAGCCUUGCGGGUGUCAUCAAUUCUUUGCAAUGGCGUCGUCCUUGACUCUGGCGCGUGCUGUUGCACAAUCUCUCGUGGCUGCUUCGUCGACCCCUCGUCCAUCGCGAAGCGUAAUCACCUCUGCCACUGUCUGCGCGGCCCCAAUCGGACUACGCUCCUCUGCGCAUUCCUCCUCUUCUUGUUUUUUCGCUGGAUCUCUUGCUGUGAACAAGCUUUCUCCUGCCACAAGGUUGGUCAGUGUUCGAGCCCACGGAACUGGUCAGAUUGUAGCCUCUUCGAAUGGCUCCAGUGCCCCUCUGCCAGGAUUGCCCAUCGACCUGAGAGGCAAGAGAGCUUUCAUCGCUGGAGUUGCUGAUGAUCAAGGCUUUGGAUGGGCCAUCGCCAAAGCUCUUGCCUCCGCAGGAGCUGAAAUCUUAGUCGGAACCUGGGUGCCGGCCCUGAAUAUCUUUGAAAGCAGCUUGAGAAGAGGAAAGUUUGACGAGUCUCGAAAGUUGGCUAACGGAUCAAUGUUCGAUAUCGCCAAAGUCUACCCUCUAGACGCCGUGUUUGAUACACCAGAGGAUGUGCCAGAAGAUAUCAAGAACAACAAGAGAUAUGCCGGAUCAUCAAAGUGGACAGUACAGGAGGUGGCUGAGUCGGUGAAAAAUGACUUCGGCAGCAUUGACAUUCUCGUGCACUCACUGGCCAAUGGUCCAGAGGUUACUAAACCUUUGUUGGAGACAUCUCGGAAGGGUUAUCUUGCCGCUAUUUCAGCUUCAAGUUACUCAUACGUUUCGCUGCUCAAGUAUUUUGCACCAAUCAUGAACCCAGGUAGUUCUUCUCUUUCUCUCACAUAUCUCGCUUCUGAGAGGAUUAUCCCUGGAUAUGGAGGAGGAAUGAGCUCAGCGAAGGCAGCUCUGGAAAGUGACACAAGGGUACUUGCGUUCGAAGUUGGAAGAAAGCAUGGUAUUCGAGUGAACACCAUCUCUGCAGGUCCUCUCAGAAGCAGAGCAGCAAAAGCUAUCGGCUUCAUCGAUAAGAUGAUCGAGUACUCAACUGCCAACGCCCCUUUGACCAAGGAGCUAGAUUCAGGCGAUGUUGGCAACGCAGCAGCCUUCCUUUCUUCUCCCCUCGCAUCAGCAAUUACGGGCAGCGUGGUGUACGUGGAUAACGGUUUGAAUGCUAUGGGGUUAGCCGUGGAUUCGCAGUCUCUUGUUGUAGAGGAGGCGGUCAAAGUGUAAACGCUAAACUCGAAGUAAAAUACACCUGAUCUCACCUAUUAAAGCGACCCAGAGGAUACCGAAAUCAUUAAAGUGUGCCAAUUAAGGUUGUUCUAGGGCUUAGGCAAUAUUUUUGAUCCAGCGAAUGCCUGGAGGUACGCUGGUUUAACUCACGGGGCGAGGCAGAAUUUAGAGAAGCAGAGUUAGGGAGGAUUGAGACGGCUUAUGAGGCCUUUUGUACGAUCUCCGCAUAAAGGUUUUACUGGAAAUGAAAGUUCGCAAGUGGACGU